AAAAAUGCAAGUCUCUAGCUGACUUUUGCAUUUUAUACACAUACAUUUUCAUUUAAUUUAUUUAUUGAACAUUGUAUAGUAAUCAUAAUGUCAUUUCAUUUUUAAUCAUCAAAAAAUUGUGUAUUAUUUCAAUUAUUUGGCAUGAUGUGGACACCUCAAAAGAUGAUCAACAAUAAAUAUGAUCGAAUUAUUGCCUUGAUUGAUAUGGAUUGUUUCUAUUGUCAAGUGGAGGAACAAUUGAAUCCAGAACUCAAAGGAAAACCAAUCAUUGUGCAACCAUUACAAUACGAUGAUUACGGAGGUGGAGGAAUCAUUGCAUUGAAUUAUGUGGCCAAGGCACGAGGUGUUAAACGUAGCAUGCGUGGUGAUGAAGCGAAAACACAAUGUCCGGAUCUUGAGUUGGUUCGAGUGCCAGUCAUUCGUGGUAAAGCCGAUUUAUCCAAGUACCGUAAAGCUGGCAAACAAGUGGCAACCGUUUUGCAAACAUUUACCCCGUUGAUGGCACGAGCCAGUGUCGAUGAAGCAUAUUUGGAUUUAACAGAACGAGUGCAAACUCGAUUGGCUGAUAUGACUAAAGGCAAAUAUGCAUUGAGCAAGAGUGAUCUGAAAUGCACUUUCGCUGUUGGUUACGAAUGUAUUGAUGCAUAUGUUCAAUUUGUAACAAAUAAAGUAACUAAGGCCACGGAUGAUGCCGAAGAUGAUUCGGAACAUUUGCCUGAGGAAGAUCAGGAAUCAUUUCGAAAGAGUGACAUCAAGCUAUUGAUUGCUGCGUCAAUUGUUAAUGAAAUUCGAGCCGAAGUAAAAGAGCAAACGGGUUUCGAAUGUUCGGCUGGUAUUGCACAUAAUAAAACACUCGCUAAACUUGUCUGCGGCCUGAAUAAACCAAAUAAACAGACAUUAUUACCCCUGAAGCAAAUAACGGAUUUUUAUCGGACACUGCCAAUCAAAAAGGUGCAAGGUCUAGGUGGAAAAUUUGGCGAAAAAAUUUGUGAAGACCUGAAUAUUCAAUACAUGGCCGAAUUGCUAAAAUUUACUAGGGAAGAAAUACAAAAACACUGUGAUGAACGUAACAGCAAAUGGUUGUACAAUUUGGCGCGUGGCAUUGAUAUGGAAGCCGUUACACCGCGCUUGGUGUCCAAAAGUAUUAGCUGUAGUAAAAUGUUUCCGCGACAAAAUGCCAUUGCUGACGUGCAAACGUUAAACCAUUGGCUGCAUGAGAUUGCCAAAGAUGUCGUCGAUCGUGUUGAUGAAGAUGAAUUCGAAAACAAUCGCCGACCAAAGCAAAUCGUCAUUAGUUUUACACAGAGCAUUAACAAUUCUGAUGUGUCCAGUUCUCGUACCGUUAAUUUUGUAGCAAAUAACGAAAAUAAAAUUGUAAAUGAUGCCUUUGAAGUGAUCAAGAGAAAUACGACCAAGUUUUUGAAGCCGGAUGAUCCAAAUGCUCUGUUUAAUCCCAUCAAAUAUUUGGGUUUUAACGUUAGUAAAUUCGAAAGUUUGGAUUCCAAAGGUGGCAUUGAAGAGUUGUUUCGUCGAAGUUUUCAGAAGAAAGAGAAUCAAAGUAUUACCGAAACAAGCAAUGUUUCAAUUGAAGAUGAUUCAGUUGCAAAUAACAUUUGCAUUCUCAAUGAGAAUGGCAAUGAAGAGCCACAAAACUCAUUUCUGUCAAAAUAUAAUGUGGAAUUCAAAGAUGAUGAUACGGAUACGGAAAAUUCAGAGAGUGACUCAGAAAGUGGUGCAUUGGCCGAAGCGACGCAUCAAAUGAACCAAAAUUUGCUGCGGAAUGUACUUGAAUCACCGCGUCUAUCAACAUCAUCAACCAAUCCUGAAUACAUCGAUUACUACGUACCUUCAGAACAACCGAAAGUUGCGUGCAGCAAAUGUGGAAAAAUGGUGGUGGAAACAGAGAUGCAAGUGCACAGCGACGCACAUUUGGCGUUCGAAUUGAAUGAAAAACAACGAACUGAGUUUCAGAACCAAUUGAAACGAACUCAUGCUCCAAAAACGCCCAUAAAGAAGAAACAAAAAUCCGAAACCAAAAUUUUGUCAAAUAAAAAGAAGGAAAAAACAUCAAUUGAAAAGUUUUUGGUCAGAAAACGAGAAACUUCACCAGAACCAUCAACAAGCACCGCCAUCGAUGUUGAAGUCGAAAAAUGCUGUGAAUGCGGCAAAACAAUUCCUAUCACUGAUCUAUUUGAACACCUCGAUUUUCAUACCGCCAAAAAAUUACAAGAUGAACUUAUGAAAUCAGAGACAACGACCAAUCGAAUGAACAAUAAUAGCAUGAAAAAAUCAAAAAAUAACUAUAACAAUAGUUUAAGUUCCAGUAAGAAUAAGAAUAACACCAAAAAUAAAAAUACUAAGAAUACAGCGGUUAGAAAUAUUACGACAUUUUUUCAAAGCACUGAAUAAGCUGUUAUCGGAAGUCAUAAAUUUUAUAAUAUUCAUAUCAUUGUUUUUACUAAAUAAAAGACUGAAUUGGAAUUUGUCGCAGUAUUUGAAAUAA